CCCGGGGAGGGAAAGUGGUGAAUGGUCCCAGCAGCUGCUGGCAGAGGGAAACUUUCGCUCCCAGCGCGGUGGGAUUGGGAUCAGGAGAGUCCUGGAAUUGCCUGGCAGGAUGACAAGCACAGCUACGCAGAGCAGCUACGCGGAUCCGACGCGGAAAACACUCUGCGGGAGCCCGUUCCUCAGCAUCAAGUUCUUUGUGUUCUGCCACGGGCUGCUGCAGCUCUCCCAGCUCCUGGUCUCCGGGUACCUGAAGAGCUCCAUCUCCACCAUCGAGAGACGGUAUGGCCUUUCCAGCCGGACGUCAGGGCUGCUCGCUUCCUUCAACGAGGUGGGGAACACGCUGCUGAUUGUCUUCAUCAGUUACUUCGGGAGCCGAGUGCACAGGCCCCGGUUCAUCGGCGCCGGCGCCCUGCUCGUGUCCCUGGCCGGGUUCCUCAUGUCCCUGCCCCACUUCAUCACUGGGCCCUAUGAGUUUGACCAGUCUGUUGCCAUUUUAUCUCCUCCACCCUGUAAAAAAUCUCGGCAUUUCCUGGAUUUCUUAUGCCAGAGAGACACGUCUUGUUCCUGGGCGUAUUCCAGUCUUUCUGGGAGGCUGGAGAAGAGGGGCAGAAAAGGAAUCCUGUUCUCUGUGACUGUCAUUGGGCCAGGGGUGGCCUUCAUGCUGGGCUCUGCCAUGCUGCAGUUCUACGUGGACAUCGACAAAGUCAGCGGAGCUGAAGUCCAGCUCACCCACGGGGACCCGCGGUGGGUGGGUGCCUGGUGGCUCGGGUUCCUGGUGGCAGCCAGCCUGGUGGCUCUGUCUGCAGUGCCAUAUUUCUUCUUCCCACGGGAGAUGCCAAAAGAGGUGGUGAGUGGGAAGGAGAGUGACAGCAAGAAGAAGGAGGACAUGCUCAGCCAGCUCAGGGCGAGGCCUGAACACACACAGAACCUCUCUCUGGGCGAGUUCAUCAAACGUUUUCCUCUGGUGCUGCUGAGGAACCUGCGUCACCCCGUUUACCUGCUGGUGGUGCUGGCUCAGGUCAACAUCUCUGCCAUGGUUGCUGGUUUAGCAACGUUCAUGGGCAAGUUCCUGGAGAGACAGUUCUCCCUCACGGCAUCCUUUGCCAACAUGAUCAUUGGUGCUGUGAACAUCCCAGGGGCCAUGGUGGGGAUCGUGGUGGGCGGUGCCAUCCUGAAGCGGUUCCAGAUGUCCUUGAGGCAGUGCAGUGCCAUGUGUGUCCUGGGCAUGCUCCUGUGCCUGCUGGUGGCCUUCCCCCUCCUCUUCCUCGGUUGCCCCACGCAGAAGGUCGCGGGUGUCACCUACAGCGACAGCUCUGAAUUUGGGCACCACGAGUUGGAGUGUAACCUGCAGUGCAACUGCCCCGAGAAGGCCUAUAACCCCAUCUGUGGCUCCAACUCCAUCGAGUACACCUCGCCUUGUUCUGCUGGCUGCAGGGCUGUGAGCAUCCAGGAGGACACCAACAUAGUCCUGAACUACACCAACUGCAGCUGCAUCUCCAGAAACGGCAGUUUUGCCACUCCCGGGACCUGCGGCACCGGCUGCUCCCACCUCUUCCUGCCUUUUGUGGUCCUGUCCUGCCUGGCCGGGAUCCUCGCCAGCACAUCCCACACCCCGUCCUUCAUGCUCAUCCUCAGGAGCAUCCAGCCUGAAGACAAAUCCUUUGCUGUUGGGAUACAGUUCAUGCUGCUGAGAGUUUUAGCGUGGAUGCCGGGGCCCAUCCUGUACGGCAGCGCCAUCGACACCACCUGCAUCCUGUGGGAGAAGAGGUGUGACAGGAAGGCAGCCUGCAGAUACUAUGACAACACCCUCUUCAGGCAAAGGUACCUGGGUCUCCAGUUUUUCUUUGAGGUGGGAGCCUUCCUGUGCUUCGUGGCCGUGUAUGUGAUCCUCAGGAAGCAGGAGAGGGAAGCCAGCAAGGCAGCAGAGACAAAGGCAGACCCAGAGAAGGAGAAGAUGGCAGGAAAGUCCACAAAGACCCCGGAAUCCAAAGUGUGACACCAAGAAGGUGACUCGUGAUCUGUGUCUGGGGAGGUGAAGCCACCCACCCCUGAACUGUGAAGGGUGGAUGGUGAUGGACCAUGGGGCUGCUUCCUGAUCUUCUGGGUGGGAAUAACUCCUCCUGCACUGCCCUGGGAGUCCAUCCAUACAUUGUUCUGCCUCUUCCACCUCGCUGGUGCAGCUUGCUCCUUCACACGGAUUAUUCCACUCACCGUAACCUUUGGAUGCUGCAGCCUUCAGGAUUUAUGUCCUCCAAAGCAUUUGUUCCUGCUGACAGUCUUGGUGAUGCCAGCACUGAACAGCUGAAGAGUUUUGUGUGUGUGAGGGGUUUUUUUUUAGCAAUAAAUCAUUUUUAAGAAAUGGUUUUGUACUGAACCCAUA